AUACAAAAAAGUUUUUUUUGUAUGGACAAUAGACCACGAGGGGGGGGGGGAUACCCAAAAAAGUGUCCACGUGGUUUAUGGAUGGUCCCUUGGUGCAGUAACAGCGAUCGUUAACCAAUCCGAAAACUAUGAUGUUCUUUCGAGAAAUUAAAUCACCAAUUCGGAACGAACAACCUUGUCUACUUUCUGUCAAACAUAUGUAAUACACACAUUCUAAGUUCAAAUUUCUCCAUCAAUCGAGAUUCAAGCACAAUGCUCUAGCUGUUUGGAAAUUUCUUUCACUUGACUGCAAACGUUUUGCGAAUAAACUUUUUUUUCAUUUUUUCAUGAUUAGAGCACAAUGGCAAAUUAAGUAAAAUGCCACACUCAAGUUUUAUUUGAUCAUUUCAACACGGGAACAUCAUUAUAUCACAACAGAGAAAUCGAGAGAAUAAGAUUGAUACUUUCUCUAGAACAUGAGAGGAGAGAAGCUGUUUACAGUGUGGCUAGUGUGUGGCCAAGAAUUGAAAAUACAAUCGUGCUCUAUUUCUGUACACAUAAAGUAUGCCUUAGAACCCUACUUUCCACUUGUAUGAACAUUCAAAUAAAACAAUAACUAUUUACACAUCGUCAAAUUAAAUAUCACCCGAGAAUAACUAUGUCCAUAAAAAUAAUGCCAUGUUUGCCAUGCCAUGUAAAACAGAAACUAGUACAGGCAUUGGCACCACUGUUGGAUUCUCGCAAAUCUCACUAGUAAGGCUGGCUUAUGUACACAAAAUUCUGGGUUUUCAUUCCACCGUCAGUCCCGUGUGAGAGAUAAACAUUCUCUCACUAGCUAAGCAAAAAGGUAUAAAAACUUUUUGGGCAAAUUUAUUUUAAAGGUUUAAACAACAAGUGAUACCACAUUUUUCACAAUUGAAAUGAAGAAAAUGAAUUCUAGUGCAAAGCUGUGUAUAAAAUUGAUGACGGUGCUGGUGUCAGUGAUAUAUUAGUUAAACACAUCAAUACAAAGAGAACACAUUCGGAAGGAAAAGUUAUUAUUACAACAAACAACUACUCGUGAUUCACAAAUGUCAGCUAAAUUUCUGAUACGCUUAACCUGUUUCGAAUGAAAAUGUUAAUCUCAAAACAAAUAUGCAGUGGAGCUUGAUUGACAAUCAAUAUGAACCACCGUAAUACACUCAUCAGUGCAAAUAUUCAGUUUUAUUCAACAGAAUAAUGAAUAAUGGAACCGAACCUGGCAAUUCAAGCUGUUGCACGUCCAAAAACACCUAUUUACCAAAGGUUUACCGCUGCCCUGCAGAGUGAUCCAAGAUGCUCACAAGAGGUGGCACUCGGACGGAGGAUAGGACUUUAUCGGUUUUGUGGAGACAUCGGAAGAGGUAAUUUUUCACGUGUCAAACUUGCCGUUCAUCAAUUAACCAAAGAUAAAGUUGCAAUUAAAGUAGUUGAUACCAGUCGCUUAGAUGCUAAAGCGCUUCGAAUGCUUUCAAGGGAAGUUACAACGCUAGAAUCAGUAUUUCACCCUUUUAUACUCAGACUAUUCGAAGUUAUUGAAACUCUCGGAAAGAUACAUCUUAUAAGUGAGUGGGUACAGGGUGGAGAACUAUAUAACAGAAUUGCUGAAGAAGGACCGUUGGAAGAGUAUCAUGCUGCAGUAAUAUUCCAUCAAUUAUUACUGGCUGUGAAACAUCUACAUAAUUUGGGAUAUGUUCACCGUGAUAUAAAGGCAGAAAAUGUCCUUAUGGUUAGCGAUGAUCGAGUCAAAUUAGCUGAUUUUGGUUUCAGUACUCAGCUCAUCAACGGUCCAUGGCAACAUUUGGAUACAUUCUGUGGUUCACCACCAUAUGCCGCUCCCGAGCUGUUUAGUGACGACCAUUACAUAGGUGGUCCAGUUGACAUCUGGGCAUUAGGUGUUUUGGUAUAUUUUAUGCUUCACGCAAAAAUGCCAUUUAAAGCGUCAACUGUGCCGUUACUCCGAACAGCCGUUCUAAGAGGAGAGUUUGAAAUUUCUUCUACCUUAAGCCUUCCUUGCUGUAGAGUAAUACAACGCAUCUUAGUAAUGGCACCUUCCCGUCGACCAACAAUCGAACAGCUACUGAAAUGCCAAUGGUUUGAGUAUGCAGAAACAUUCAAAAAUGUUACCAAUAGAAAAACAGAUUCAAGUAUGAAUCCCAAAAUGUUAAACGAGGAUGAUAAUACAAGUGAAGUUCCUAAGACGCGUAGAAAGUAUUUUUGGAUUUUUUCUACUAGAGGCCAACGUCGACAAUAUUCUCCAGCUAAAUCAUCCAGUCGCAGAAAUAAUAGUGCUGCCAAUCAAAAUGAAACAAAUGAACCAUCGUUACGCACUAUUAAAUGUUGCACCAAACGCGCAGGUAGUGUUUUAGAAGACAACUUUUUACAUCCAAUAGAGAUAGAAUUAUCUUGCACAAACCACCUUAAAAAAUCAUGUUUUUCCAAUGAUAACUCGAAUAAUAAUACCUAUAGCCAAAAAGACAGCAAUAGAAAUCGUAGGUUUUCCAUUAGUCGUUUAGUAAAAAAGAGAAUUAGUCCACUAGAUUUUGCAAACAAACAAGAAAACAGUGAUGAAACAUCGACCGGAGAUUUCAGAGACCACCUGCAACGAAUAAUUGAUGAAGAACAUGGAAAACAUGUCAUGUAUCCUACCGCUACGCUUAAUAUAAUGCAUCCUCUUGAACAUGAAACUCGCAAAAUAUUAGAAAGUCUUGGAAUAACUUCAGAAAUGAUUGACAAAUCAGUCAUUAACGGUCCACGCAGUGAUAUUAUAGGAAUAUAUCGAAUAAUGAUCCACAGGCUACAGCGAGAACAGACAGUUUUCAAAAAUACAAAUGGAGGAUUAAAUAUUGAUCAAAAAUUUGACUAUCAAAGGAAAAAAGGUGCACACCGAUCAUCAAGUGCAGUUCAAGGAAAAGAUAAUUGGCAAGAAAAGGGAAAUAAUAAUCAUUUAACGUGUGCCAUACUUUGAACAAACACAAUGAUGAACAAAUAAAAUUAUGUAAAUCAGCAGCUAAUGUAUCGUUAUAUGAGAUGACAUUUUCAAACUUGCUACGCUACAGAAACCUUUUUUUAUAUUGAAAAUUUCUUGAAAACGAUAAACGGCGUCACUUUAUGCUGUUGCAAGUUUGACCGAGUCACGUAGCCACGAGCGUUAACGCUUCCGCCUCGUAAAACCCGGCUCGGACCAACACAACUGGUGAUCUUUUCCCUUCUGGCUUCGAUUGCUUAGUACAGGGAAGGUAGUUUAUCGUCACAAACUGGACCUUAUCAGGCGAAUAUAUUCCUGAGGUCAAUUUAAUGAUUACGAGAUACUUACAACCUUUUCUAAGGUCGAGUGCAACUGGCUCCAUAUACUCAAAAAUGAUAUGGUGUAGUACCUGAAAAUGUCCUGUUUUGAGUUGGAAUUACUCUCUGGGCAAUUAAUGUCUCAAACAACGUAGUCGAUACCAAUUUAACAUCUUGUUUUCAACCGAUCUUGUAGAGAUUUUUUAUAUUCAGUAGAUAUACGCAGUGUUAAAAUAAAACAAGACUUAAAAACACAUGUUGUUUAUUUCUGUAAUACAUGAAAGUAUGCUUACUAUUGAUCGCCUGUGUUUUAUAAUUCGUUCUUCUGUAGUCUCAAACCAAUUGUUUAUUGUAACUUACUAUUAUGUAUUGUAAUUUGUAAUUUUGUUGGGAAUAUAACAAAUCUACUACACAGACAUGGAAACUUAAAUGUAUGGAUGUUCUGUUGAAUUGAAAAAAGCUGACGGGAAAUGCACUCUGUGGUUUAAAUUUGGCCAUUUUUGCAACCGUAUGCCGCUGCAAUAAACCAGUAAAGCAUUCAUGUUUGGGAUCUUGUACCGUAUAUUAUUGCAUAUUUAAUCACUACAAAUGGCCAGGUAUAUUUGCUUUGAUUAUGUUUAUUUUUGUUUGCAAAUGAAAUGUUGUAUGACUUGUUUAUGCUAUCAGUUACUUUACACAUUUUAUAUUUAGAUGUAAAUAAAGAACUAAAAUAAAUAGAGAAGCUUGAUGGACUCUCCCAUAAGGAGCACUUCAAUAAAAUAAAUUAAUCAUAGUAGUUUCAAAGAUUCCUAAUUAGACUUUUUAUUUGACGCUCAAAAUUCUCUAUCGUUAUGAGCUAAUACAUGUUUUGCAGAUAUUUAUGCUAACACUUACCAAAAUGUGUGAAUGCAUUACAAUAAACACGGUACCGUCAGAUUGAUUUUUGUAUGAAUUGCUUGACCGUUGCAACGUAUUUAUAACCACGUGAUUAAACAGAUUAAGUGGAAGUAAGCAA